AUGGAUGCUCGCCGGCUAUCGGAGAAAACUGCGACUGUGGAAGGGUCUGGGCCUCAGCCGAGGCAGCGGCAGCUUCAUAACUCGUCGACGAAAGCUGUCCAUCCUAAUGAAAAUCAAGCUAAUCUUCCUCCGACCCCACGAGCCUCGGAUGCCUUCCCGCUUCCUCUCUACCUCACCAAUGGCAUCUUUUUCACACUCUUCUUUUCCGUUGCUUACUUCCUUCUCCUCCGCUGGCGUGACAAGAUCCGCACUUCCACCCCUCUCCAUGUCGUAACCCUCUCUGAAAUUGCCGCCAUUUUCACCCUCAUCGCUUCCUUCAUUUACCUUCUCGGUUUCUUUGGUAUCGAUUUCGUCCAAUCAUUCAAUUCACGUACCUCUCAUGAAGCUUGGGACGUCGAUGAAGACAAUGAGCAGUUUCUGAUCGAAGAAAACACCCGCCGUGGUCCUUGCCCUGCUGCCCUAGAUCUCUCCAUCUCUCCUCCUCCGAAGAUCAUUGAUCCUGCACUCAUUAUGAAGCGGAUGCCGGAAGAAGACGAGGAGGUCAUCAAAUCCGUCGUUGACGGAACCGUUCCCGCUUACUCGCUCGAAUCGAGGCUCGGCGAUUGUAAUCGUGCCGCGAUGAUACGCCGUGAGGCGCUGCAGAGGAUGACGGGGAGAUCGCUUGCUGGUUUACCUUUGGAUGGGUUUGACUACACCUCCAUUUUGGGCCAAUGCUGUGAGAUGCCGGUUGGGUAUGUCCAGAUUCCUGUGGGAAUCGCUGGUCCAUUGUUGCUCGAUGGGAGGGAGUAUACGGUGCCCAUGGCCACUACUGAGGGUUGUUUGGUGGCCAGUACCAACAGAGGGUGUAAGGCCAUUUACGCAUCUGGUGGUGCCACGAGCGCAUUGCUCAGAGAUGGGAUGACUAGGGCUCCGGUUGUGAGGUUCGGCUCCGCCAAGAGAGCUGCAGAAUUGAAAUUCUACCUGGAGAAUCCUGUCAAUUUCGAGGAGUUGGCGGUCGUUUUCAACAGGUCGAGCAGAUUUGCAAGGCUGCAAAGCAUCCAGUGUGCGAUGGCUGGGAAGAAUCUGUAUAUGAGAUUUACCUGCAGUACUGGCGAUGCUAUGGGAAUGAACAUGGUGUCCAAGGGCGUCCAAAAUGUCCUUGACUAUCUUCAGAAUGAUUUCCCUGACAUGGAUGUCAUGGGAAUCUCUGGAAAUUUCUGUUCAGACAAAAAGCCAGCUGCGGUAAACUGGAUAGAAGGGCGUGGUAAAUCUGUGGUCUGUGAGGCAAUUAUAAAGGAAGAGGUGGUGAGGAAAGUCCUGAAGACCACUGUAUCUGCCCUUGUAGAGCUUAACAUGCUCAAGAACCUUGCUGGCUCGGCAGUUGCUGGUGCUCUGGGUGGCUUCAAUGCACACGCCAGCAACAUAGUAUCCGCCAUCUACAUUGCAACUGGCCAAGAUCCGGCCCAGAACGUAGAGAGCUCUCACUGCCUUACGAUGAUGGAACCCAUGAACGAUGGGAAGGAUCUACACAUCUCUGUAACCAUGCCUUCUAUUGAGGUGGGUACAGUUGGUGGUGGGACCCAACUUGCAUCGCAAUCAGCUUGUCUGAACCUACUAGGAGUGAAGGGUGCGAACAAAGAUUCAGCGGGCUCCAAUGCAAGGCUGUUGGCUACCAUUGUUGCUGGCACCGUGCUCGCUGGGGAAUUGUCCCUCAUGUCUGCCCUUGCAGCUGGGCAGCUUGUUAAUAGCCACAUGAGAUACAACAGAUCAAGCAAGGAUGUCUCCAAAGCUGCCUCUUAAGACA